AUGGUGCAGCGCUGCGUCAUUGGCUUAGGCGGCUCGCUAUCCUCAGAGUUUCCCUUUCUCAGAGCUCAUGUUGGCCGUGCAUUUGUGGAACACGUCGCAGAAGCUCAUGGUUUUGGCCCGUGGCGCCCAACCAGUGCAGCACUGGCAGAUUUCGCAGAACAUGGGAGUGGCAUUGUCCUAUGCAGGCUUUGGCACGACUCGGUUGCGGGGUCAUCAUCUGCGCCCAUGGCUGCGAAGCAAUGUCUCAAGUAUGUUGGGGUUCGUUCUCCCGAGCAUUUUGUGAUCGCUCACGCCGAAUCACGGAAGUCGUGCGGAAAGUUUGCGGUUACCGAAGGCCCUCGCAAAGCACCAGCUUGGGCAAAACCGGUACUAGAAUCCUUGUGCCCUCAGUUCCGCCCAGGCCAAAAAAGUGUCGAACAGCCGCUCCGCAUUGAGUUUGGAGUCGGAGCUCCGAGCAGAACAAACCUCAUGCCACACAUGGACAGAUUCAGCGAGUCUAGAAUGACAGCCCGAGAGGCCAACGCCAUUCUGCAAUCCGCCUUCCCUGCAGCAUUCGAAUGGCUGAUGAAGAGAUGGUUUGGCCCCGAUGCAGUCACCGCAGGAGCAGUGAUGCGACGACGGCUUCCACAGGAUCUUCGGAGAAAGGAGUUGGAACAAGAAGCUAAACGAAUGCGUGGGCCAGAGUAUGAGUAG